AUGGAAGCUUCUGUACCGUACAUCUACUAUACCCUUCUGAUCUAUCAUAUGAUGCAUAAGAAGGGCAGCCUUACAUUGAUCUGGCAUGAUGCUGAAUUAUUCUUUCAACAAUACGAGUGUGAAGCGAUCUUUGACCAAAAUGCCGCACCGACUACUUGGGAUGAAAUAUUGCGAUGCUUCCGGCGCAUUCCACAUGCCAGCAAGAACCAAAAUUUCCUUCAGCCAAGCCGGCUCAUGGAGUUCGUCUACAUGGACAGCAAGAUGCAAUCUACGGCAAGUGCAGCACAGCUUUGGGCGUAUAUCGAAAACCAUACGCAAACCGGAGAGAAGUCUCAGAUGGCAGAAAAACUUUCCGUCCGGAAGGCAAUGACUACCAGUGAGCAGUUCAAGUGGCAUUUCAAUUACCUGAGUUUCCAAAUCGACUUCUGCGACCCAAUCACUGAACUCACAGCCACUUCGCUCUUCGAAUACUUCGUUGAUACAGACAACUGA